AUGGAAGAUAAUGAAGAAAGCGAGUUUGAGAAGGAAAAGUUCUUAAAAUUUGAACUCAAAGUGUGCCAUGAAGCUAAAUUACAAGAGUUACUGCGUAAUAUAACCUCAACUGAACUUAAAUUAUGUUCAGACGCCUCAAAAGAGUUCAUCAAGUUACUGAAAGGUGAUUCUGGAGGCGAAUUGCUCCGCCAAUACAUACAAACGUCCUCAAAGUGCUCUGAGCUUCUACAAGCGUGGAAGGUCCGACAGGGCAAACCCGGAUUAUCAUACAUAUUGUCACUAAUUUCCACCAUCUUAUGUCAUCCAGAUGGAAAAUACAGUCACGAUGAUCUGAAAGGUGUUGGUAUGAGUAGGGAUUUGGAUAAAUUUGCUCGUUUGAUAGUUAACGAAAACUUGGGAGAUCUUUAUAAGGAACUGAAUAGUAAAGAAGCAAAGCGCCAGAAUGCUGUACUUUCUUUAUUGGCGUCUGUUGUUAGACGUGGGUCAGGAUUGGCCUCAGAUGUCGCUAAGAAUUUUGAUUUUAAGCUUACUAUUUUUCCUAAGCUCGCGGAGUGUAAACAUAAGCGAACAGAGGUGAAAAGGAAGCAUUCUACGAGAAAAUCAUUUGUCAGCUUUGCAAUGUCCUUUUUGGAAGUGGGGAAACCUGGACUGUUAAGGUGGGUAUUACAACAGAAGGAAAUGUAUUCAGGUGUGUUCCGUGGGCUUGCGAAUGAUGAGGAUGAGAUAGUUAUUUAUGUUCUGUCCACUUUACGGGAUAGGGUUCUUACUCCGGAGUCAUUGGUACCUCCAGGGCUCCGGAGUGUUCUGUUUGGGAGCGUUACUCUGGAUCAACUAAUCUGCAUUUCUGGUAGGGAAAACGGUGGAAUUGCUGCAGAGAUAGCACACAGUGUCCUGGUUAUGGUUUGCACUGACUCUUCCAAUGGGUUGAUGCCGGAUUUGAAGAGACACCCUGAUCCUUUAAGAGGCAAUCCAAAGCGACUUUUGGGUCUCAUGAAGAAGCUAAAAUCAACAGAGGUUGAUUACCAUAGAGACCUGCUUUUGGAUAUUGCAAGUGGAAGACCAUCUUUAGGUUCAGCAUACCUGGACGAGUUCCCUUACAACCUGGAAGAUCUUGCCUCACCCUCCUGGAGCCACCUUCCUUUAGCAGUCCAGAUGUGCAGAAUAUUAUCAAAUGCAUAG